UAUCAAAAAGCAAACCUACCACGUCAUUCCAGCUCCACCAAUUAGAACUCGACACAUUGGCCAUUCCUUCUACAUUCUGACGCCGCUUUAAAUUCAUCUGAAAUUUCACUGCCCAUUACUCCCAUGAAUUCCUUCUCGCAGCUUCUAAGGAUCCUAUUUUCUUCUCCUUCGAAAAUAUUUUGUAAUAUUCUCCAUCUCUUUAUACAAUCUAACAUUCAUCGGAAGGGAAACUGGGGUUUGAACUUGGGAGCUUGAUUGACCUUUGAAGCCAAAAUCAGAUUUAUUCUUGCUAGAGGGAGAUGGAGAGAGAGAUGGAGCUUCGGCAUUUCAUCCACAAGCAUCCGUUGAUCUUCAAUGAAGAGGUGGUGAGCAAGGAUUGUGGAGGAUUACUCUGCGAUGGGUGCGGAAAUCAAGUAUUGGGUCCUAAUUACAGUUGCAAACAGUGCUCCUGGUUCGUCCUUCAUGAAUCAUGUGCACAACUGCCCCAUGAGUUGGAACACCCAUCGCACCCAAAAUAUCCCCUUCGUCUCAUCCAUACGUAUUCCUGGAAGAGGGAAAUCAAAUGGGACUUGGAGCACCCUUUGCACCCCAAAUAUCCCCCUCGUCUCAUCCAUGCAUAUUCCUGGAAGAGGGAAAUCGAAUGGGACUUGGAGAACCCUUUGUACCCCAAAUAUCCCCCUCGUCUCAUAAAUUCCCAGUUGAGGGAAAUCAAAUGCGACGGUUGCAAUACAGAGGUUCUGUGGGGCUUCAUUUACCAUUGUUCUGACUGUAAUUUUAGCCUUGAAAGUAAAUGUGCUUCUCUACCGCUCACCAUCCAAUCUGAAAUUCAUGCACACCCAUUGACCCUCGUGCGGAGAUCUCUCUCUUUCACUUGCGACGCCUGCGGUAAACAAGGCAAAGGCAUGGUUUACUUAUGUGCUAUCUGCCCUUUCUUAGUUCACCUACAAUGUUCUUCCUACCCAUUGCUUCCCAAACAGAUUCGUCACGGCCACCCUCUGAACCUCCCCAAUUCCCUUCAAGAUACGUUCCCUAUCGAAUCAACAAGUAUGCUAAGCUGCGAAGAUCCGGGGCUUGAUGAAUCCAUUGAUUCCUUAACAUAUGUUAUCAAGAAAUCCAAGGUGGGUGAUGACAACAUUGAAAUAGCCAUGGAAAUCAAACAUUUUAGUCAUGAGCAUGACAUGAACCUUAUUGAUGAGGAGCUUGAGAAACAGGAAAAAUGUGACGGGUGUUUGUGGCCUAUCGAGACCCCGUUUUAUACUUGUACUCAAUGCAGAUUCUUUCUUCACAAAUCUUGUGUUGAAUUGCCCAGAAAAAAGUCACACCCGCUUCAUGGGCAUCCCCUCACUCUCCUUCCAGAGCCACCGUACUUUCCUUCUUUUUCUUGCUAUGCUUGUGGGCAUGAUUGUAAUGGCUUCGUCUACCGUUGUGACAAAUGCAACUUCGACCUUGAUGUCCAAUGUAGUUUGAUAUCUGACACCUUUAGGCAUGAAUGUCAUUUUCACCAACUUUUUCUCUCCUGCGCAUCAUAUUCUGGUAAGUGCAAUUCUUGUGAUUCUAAAGGACAAAUGCUUCGUUGUGGUUGUGAAUUCAAUCUAGAUUUCAAAUGCGCUACACUACCGCCUACCGUAAGAUACAAACCAUACUCAAAUUCAAAUGAAGAAACGUUCGUUCUUUGUUUUGAAUUUGAAGAUGAUUAUCAUGAUGAAUAUAAUUGUGAUAUUUGUGGAAAAGAACGACUUCGAAAUCAUUGGUUCUACUAUUCUCCAUAUGGCGGUGAUUUAGCUGCUCAUCCUGCUUGCAUUCUUGGGAAAUAUCCAAAUAUCAAGUUUGGGAGGACUUACACGUUUGACAUGCACGAACAUCCCCUCACUUUUGUUGACAAGAGCGAGAAGCUCCAUCCUCCAUGUGAUAAAUGUGGUGAUUCUUGCCAUGGUAUGAUUUUUGAAUGUUUCAAAUGUAAUUUCAGUCUUCACCACCUGUGCUUGAACAAUUAGGACUUGGAACUUCUAUUAUCCAUUUUCUGCUUUAUUAUUAAUCAGAAUUAUCUUUUCGGUGUUGUUAUUCAAUUUUCCUCUUUAUUUUUGGCAGUCUACAAGUGUUUGUGCUUGUGCAUGUCGAUGAUAUCAUCAUCACAUGAAACUGUACUUUGAUUUUGCAUUUCUGUUUAGUGGUUGAAGCUACAUGGAAAAAUGGUGAUCGUCAUCUUACUCAAAAAUGGCCCUUGCUAUUUGCUAAGCCUAUCACUUCACAGAUGUCUUCAUUUGUCUGUUCUUAGAAGGGAAGUUGGAACAAAAGUUGACAACUGACAUUAUUUUUUGUAGGAAGGUUUAAACUUUC